GCCUUUAUUGAAGCGGUCACACUGAUUAUGAAAUUGCAGGACAGACGUGUCUGCUUAGUAUAAUAAUAUAACUAAUAAGCCCAGCGCAAUAUACAAGUGCAUCGAACGGUCAAAUACAUAAAUUAGUUUAGUUGACGGUAACGGAACAACGGAACAGGCACAGACAAAGCCACCCACGCGCGGACCAGAUAGAUACAACGAGCCAUAAACUUGUCGAGGAGAAGGAAGAGGCGGCAGCGCAGAAGGAAUCAGCUCAGCAACCGAAGGAAACGAUUCACAAUCGAAAAACCACAGCAAAAAGAGGAAAGAGAUAGCGACAACGACAGGAAGAGCGUCAGCAAGCGCGCGAGAUGGAUCGCUACGACAUGGAAGACGUCGUGGUGGCGCCCCCUGCCGAAUGCAGUUCGCCACUCAAGGAGUGGCGUCUUAAGCUCCAAGCGGGAACCCUAACACGUAACGAUUUCAUCGAAUUCUUCAAGAGGGAGUCGCCCAAGUUCUUCGACUAUCAGAAUAUGAUGAAGACAGAUACAAAUGCGCUAACUCGAGGAGCAGUGAAUCCUACUGCUGUGGGUCGUCGAAGGCUUGAGUGUUUUUUCCACGAUGACAAUGAUCCAGGCACGAGCUGGAGUGUUGCGGUCCUGAGGACGAUCGGCAUGAUGGGCGGGCAGCUAUUUCGUGGUUCCAUCAAAUGCAUGUUUAAGGAGGCACUGGCCAAGGAGGAGAUAAUUGAUGUGGUGGUAGAGUUUAUAAUGGGUGACAAUCCCGUCUCUGCUCUGGAAAAGCUCCGACUGGAAGGAAACACGGCCACUGUCUGCGGCAAGGUCUUCAAAAACGGGGAGCCCACCUACAGUUGCCGCGAGUGCGGCGUCGAUCCCACCUGCGUGCUUUGCGUUAACUGCUUUAAGCGGUCUGCACACCGUUUCCACAAAUACAAGAUGUCCACCUCGGGCGGCGGUGGCUGCUGCGACUGUGGCGACGACGAAGCUUGGAAAAAGGAUCACUACUGUCAGCUGCAUCUGGCCAAUCGAAAGAAUCCGCUAGAGAGCAAGAUCAUUACUGAAGCGGUCCUCGAGCGGGCGGUGAUCUGCUUUGGUGCGAUCCUCUCGUUCUGCGUCAACUACUUGGAAAUCGAACCGAACGCAAGCCUGCAGUGCUUGGAUGGCGAUGGAGCACAGUUCUGCACGGUGCUCUACAAUGACGAAUCGCACACCUUCGACCAAGUGAUCCAAACACUCACCAAAAUUGCCAAGUGUGGACACAAGGAUGCCAUGGAAAUUGUAGCAGCAAUCGAUCGCGAGGGUCGAGCGGUGGUUAAGUGCGAUACCUUUAAGGAGUGCAACGACCUCAAGACUGCCAUCGAGAACCAGAUGAUACCGUCAAACAACUUGCUAUUGAAUCAGCGCAACAGCCAGUCGCUUCGGACGUCCGUGCUGCACACCAGGGCGGUGGCGUGCCAGCAGUUUGCUCUGCAGCUGCUUGGCUGGUUCCAGGAGUUCCUCGUGUGCCACUACCUCUUCCGGAAGACGUUCGCCGGGCUGGUGCAGCGCAAGCAGGAGGCGUUCUGCAUCCGACACAUCCUCGAGUACGACGUUAAGCUGUGGAAGACGGCGCGCACCUGCUGGCACCGCCUCCUCAUCUCCGGCAUGCUAAUGGAGUACGACAACAAGAUGGUGCUGGCCCAGGAGUUCUCGCGCCGCUACGCCACCAUCGUGGAAGACUUUAUCAGCGACGACCACGACCACGCCUUCUCGAUAGUCUCGCUUAGUGUGCAGCUGUUCACGGUGCCCAGCAUCGCCCAUCACCUGAUCGCCCAGGAGGGCAUAUUCGACAAGCUACUGCACACGUUCUACCACGUAGCCAUCGAGAAGUUCAUCCAGAACCGGACGCUGCACUUUAGCAAGAACACCGCCAGCCUCACGUUCUUCAAGCGGGCCAACUACAUCCUGUACGACCUGCGAUAUCUGCUCAGCCUCAAGCCGGAGGUGCUCAACAAUGACCUGCGGAACGGCUUUCUCGAAGGAUGCCGUGCUCUGAUGCGCGUUUUGAACGUGAUGCAGGGCAUGGAGUCGAUCACCAGGCAGACAGGCCAACACAUGGACUACGAGCCAGAGUGGGAGUGCGCCUUUAACCUGCACAUCAAGCUGGCGACGACCAUCUCCCAGGUCAUUGAGUGGGCGGCCAGUGAUGUCAAGCUGUUGCGCAAGCUGUACAAGAUGACGGUGCGGGCCCUGGUGGGCAACAGUUUCAUCGUGGGCGGCGAGAAGGCGGAGGCGAAGAGUGUUGCCGGCCAUGUGGCCAACUGCCUGAUGUACGAUGUUUCGUCGAAGCCGGUUUCCAUCCACCUGCCCCUAUCCCGCUUCUAUUCGGGGAUCUACCUGCACUUGGGUGCCCACGACAUGACCUACGACAGCCUGCAGACGGAGACCGAGGGGCUGAACAUCAAGCUCACACCGAGGGAGAUAAUCGAGCCCGUUCUGUGCACCCACGCCAUGAUUGCCCAAGUGGCCGCGGGCAUGUGGCGUCGCAAUGGCUACUCCCUGCUGCAUCAGCUAUACUUCUACCGCAACGUGCGCUGCCGCGUGGAGAUGCUGGAUAGGGACAUUGUUUGCCUGCAGAUUGGCGCCUCGCUUAUGGAGAGCAAUGAGUUCCUGAUCCACGUGUUGAACAAGUUUAAUCUGAUCAACUGGGCGCAGGCGAACUACGAGACGGUGCUCGCGGAAGCCACAGAGGACGAGGAGUUCAUGCGACAGUUGUCCAUGAUCGACGAGUUUUUGGAACUGCUCAUCGUGAUCAUCGGCGAGCGGUGGAUGCCGGGGGUCUCUCUUGUCACGGAGGAGGAUCGCCUGCGCAAGGAGAUCAUCCAGCUUCUGUGCACCAAGUCCUACUCCCACUCGGAGCUGAGUCGUGCCCUGCCUGACGGCAACAGCGGGAACAGUGACAACAUCUUUGAGGAUGUGAUCAACACGGUGGCCUCGUUCAAGAAGCCGGUGGGCGUCGAUGGCAAGGGCGUGUACGAGCUAAAGGAGCAUCUGUUCGAAGAGUUCAACGUGUAUUUUUAUCACUACACUAAAGAAGACAAGUCCAAGGCCGAGGAGUUGCAACGGGAGCGCCGCAAGGCCAAAAAGCAGCUUGUCUGCUGUCCGCCCCCGAUGUUGCCCCAGCUGACGCCAGCGUUCACGUCUAUGGCCAACAUUCUACAGUGCAAUGUGUUCCUCAGCAUCUGCACCUUGAUCAUGGAUCGUGCUUUGGAUGCCCACAGCCGCUCCUUCACGGAAUCCCAUCUUCAGAAGAUCCUUCACCUGCUGGGGUUUGCCAUACAAGAGGAGCUGAGCGAGCACUAUCCCUUCCUUAGCUUCUACGAACGCUCCCAAAAGUACGGAAUUCUGGACAAGUUGGAUGAGCUGGCCCGUUGCCCCAGGUUGGAGGCCCAUCGCGACUUCGUUCUGUGGACCAUCAAGCGGUACAAGCAGCUGCAGGUCAAACAGGCGCCAAGCACAAGUGCAGCGGGGCCUAGUGGCUUGCAACAGUCCGCGGGGGACGAGCAACCGUUGAGCUCAGAGGAACAGGCGCGCCAGGAGAAGGAGGCUCGCGCCCGCUUGGCGGCCGAACGGCGAGCAAAAAUCAUGGCCCAGAUGAAGAAUGCCCAAAAGUCAUUCAUGAAGAGCAAUGCCGAAAUGUUUGCUGCUACCGGUGAUAAGGAAUCUGGCCAGGAUCAGGAUCGGGAUCGGGAUCUAGAGGGAGCAAUCACUGGGGUAAUGGAAUGGGAGGACAUUCCUACUGACGAAGAGGAGCAGGGCGCCGUGGCUCUGAAGCAGAGCGUGUCCUGCUUGGGACCAGAUCGCAGGAGCUAUCAAGUCAGCGACACUGCCUUUAAGUGCAUCCUGUGCUUCGAGAACUGUGCCAUCACCCGCAGCGGCCCGCCCUUGGUUAGCUUUGCGUUCGUGCAGACCUCGCGGGUGAUCUACACCACUCCGAAUCAGCACCAGGGCCGCAGUGCGCUGCACAUGAGCUGCUGCGGUCACGUGAUGCACUACAGCUGCUGGCAAGAGUACUACAGCAACGAGGCGGUCAAGGAGCUGCGCCGUCCACAGCGCAAUCGCGUAGCCGUCGGCCUCACGGACAACGCAGAGUUUCACUGUCCCUAUUGCAGGACCCUAAGCAACACUGUGCUUCCGGUCAGCGAGCCCUUGCCCGCUUUCUCACCAGUGGUGCCAGCAUCAGAGGGCUGUCUGCCGUUGGACAGCUUCGUGGAGAUUAUGCGCACGCUAGCCGGCGAGCUGGCUGGGGCCAAUGCCUUCACGUGGCAGCUGCCAAGCGUCGCCAACAUUUUGCGAAAGUCCGACGUUGUCGGAGACAUGGCCCUGUUCGAGCGGAGUGUCCAGCUGAUCCAAGAUCCCCCCCAACUCUCCGACAACUAUGCAGACGUCUUGGCCUCCUUCAGAAAGGCCCUGCGCAACGCCAUGCAGAGUCAGCUGCCUAACCACAAGGCUCCUGCGCCACCGUCAACCAAUUUCGAUAGUCUGGAGGUCGAGGCCACCGGCUUGGAGGUGGUCGCCCAGCUGUGGGACACGUGCAGCUACACGCUGCAGGCCCUGGAGAUCUACCUGUUCGAAAUUCAAAAGCCGCUCAAGGCCGAGCUGCCGAUGCGCCAUCAGAGCUGUGCCACCAACUUGGUGAGAGCCUGUGCGCUCUCCUCGACCGUUGCCAGCGCAUGCGACUCGCACCGUCCGGUGCCGCGCGUCCAGGCGGAGUGGGCAGCCCGUCUGCUGGACACCGUCUUCAACCAGAAGGGCAGCAGUGUGCUGGAGUGGGACUGCUUCCGCACGCUCGUGCAGUUGCAGUUCGGAGUGCUAAACCUCAUGGCCGCCGAAAAGGCGUCUCAAGCCAUCAUACCCAGCGGGAGCAUGUUCGAUUUCUACAUACUGCAGACCAUGUUUCUGGCCAAUCUGACCAAGGCGGUCAUCUGCUUCGAUGUUGAGAAGGCGCAGGUCAAGCGAGCGGACGAGACGCCACACUUGGAGCUCUCGCAAUUGGCGUACGUGGAGAUGCUGCCAUCCAAGAUUCAGGAGAACAUGGUGGCAUUCUAUCGCCGCUACAAUAUACCAGCCAGAGUGCUCCAGCGAAGAAAGCAACAGCAACUGGACGACGAGCGCCAGCAUAGAGAAGGGGAGGAGCCACAGCCGCAGAAUCAGAAUCAGGAGCAGACGGUGGUAAUACCCUGCGAACAGCACACUCUAGCUCUGCUCCUUGAGUAUGUCCAGCGCCAGAUGAGCUCCUUCCUGCGGUGCUCCAGCCUAUUCUAUCGCUGCCUCACCGAUGUGGACUAUCCGGACACGUUCCCCACGGAUCAGCCGGAUCGCUUCGAGCUGAUGUGCCAGUACUUGGGCUUGGAGUCGCAACUGGGCGCGUACUUCGAUAUGGAGACGGUGUACGCCACGAUGAUGCACUCGUUUGCCUCGCACCCCGACAUUAGCAGGGAGGUGGCGCAUCGCUGCCAGCCAGAAAGCGGCUCUGGCCUGGAGGUGGUGCCCUGUCUGCGUCCUCUGCCGCGAUUGAAGCCACUGUUCGACGACUACAGCGAUCUGAUCAACAGCGUGUCGGACAUAUUCUGUCCCAACAACGAGCGCGAGGAGAUGAAAACACCGACCAUGUGUCUGAUUUGCGGUGCCAUUCUGUGCGGCCAGUCGUACUGCUGCCAGCCGGAGCUGGGCAUGAUGACGGUGGGAGCGUGCACCCAUCACGCCCACGACUGUGGCGCCGAGGUGGGCAUAUUUUUGCGCAUCCGCGACUGCCAGGUUGUGUAUCUCGGCCGAGGUAAGGGGUGCUAUGUGCAGCCGCCGUAUUUGGACGAGUACGGGGAGACGGACCAGGGUCUCCGACGCGGCAAUCCGCUAAGACUCUGUCAGUCGGCCUACAGCAAGAUCUUCCUGCAGUGGCUAAGCCAUGGCCUGCAUGAGGAAAUUGCUCGCCUAAAUGACAACACCAAUGUUCCGGUGACGCAGUGGCAUCACAUGUAGUCAGACGCACACCGAGCAUCACAAGUGGCAGCGGAUGGGAGCACCAGGCAGCGAAUAUGCAGUGGCGGCAGUCAAUGUGAUUAUUACAUACUAACAUUAGGAGAACCUAUUUAUAUGUCUAAGCAUUUUACCAAUUGUCCCUUUCGGAACAACCACUCACCAACCCACCAGCACCUCCAUCCCACAAUCCCACACCCAGUCGCACACACGAAAUCCCUCCCCCACACAAUUCUCAGUCCCCAGAUCCCAAAUCGAUUGAUGUAAAAUUACUAUAUUGGGUUUCUUUAAUAUUAUUAAUUCAUUAAACCGAUAGUAACUUUUUUUGAGCUAUUGUUAGAGAACUUGUUGAUAGUUUGAGCGGCCUAGCGCCCUCCUCUAGUUAUAUAAAUAUAUAUAUAAACAUAUGCUACUAUAUAUGUAUAGCGACUAGGCUAAAUUUUUGCCAGCACUUCGAGUGUCGCAGCAUCUAAAAAAAAAAAUACAAAAAUAAAUCAAGAAAAAUCGAAUUAUUUUCUUUUUCUUUCUAUCUAUCUGCAUCUCGCUGUCUCUUUCUUAAUCUCUCUCCCUCUCUUUCUCUCCCACUCCUGGGGCCCUGCCCCACCCACUCGAUGUACAUAUAUAGAGAUCUUUGAGUUACAAGCCUAAUGAGUUCGGGUUUUUUUUUUUUGCAUUUGUUGAUUUGUAUAUUUAGUAAGUGUACAAAAUAGAUACGGAAUAAAUGUAUGUUGGAAGGACAUACAUAUGUGUGUUAACUAUACCUACUUCCCCCGAGAAGGUUUAGAACUUUAGUGAGCCACCCUUGACCAUCCCCAUCCCUGACCUCUUAACACACUCAUAAUAUUCCCUCACCCGUACUCGUGCUAUAUAUGAAAAUAUAUCAUCCAUCUCGCUCUGAUCCAAGACGGUGGAAGGCGGGAAUACACUAAAGUUAGUAAAAUCAAGCUUACUUAAUACUUAACACUUAUAAAACUAUAUAUUUGCAUAAUUAUGAGCAAAUAAUACUAGAUACACAUACAUACAAGCCUAUUUUUAUGCAUUGUACAACAAAACAAAAUUUACUGUGUGAAUAGUUCAUGCAAGAAACAAUUGUUCUCGAAACACGCGUGCAAAAUGGAAACGAACAAGCAUUAUCGUACAGAAAACAUCGGAAGCAAAACGGAAAUAAAAUGAAAGUUUGCAAAAUUUUAGUGAUAUCUAAAA